CAAGAAAAAGAAAAAACAAUGGCAUCAUUGAUCCACUGAUCUCUUUCCGAGGCCAUCAACAGAAACGCAAGACGACAUCGCAACAAAAGAGAGGACAAUGGCGGCGCUGAGGAGGCUCGCUUGGGUUCUCUGGGCUUUGGCUCUGGGGAUUAACACGGCCCGGUCGGUUCCGGAUUUCUCUUUGUAUCCGCACAGUGUUCUGAAGAACCACACGGCUCACGCUUGCGAGGGGGAAACGCUCGCCAUCGAGUGUCCCGCCAGAACGUCCGUGGCCGUCUUAUCGGCCUUCUUUGGACGCCGCGUUCCUCGUCGCUAUUUGUGUCCCAGCCGCAAGACAAAUCAAAGCCACCAAGACGACGCCGAGUGUUCUUCUCCGGUCGCUAUCGAGAAAGUGGUGUCGGAGUGUCGGGACAAGCGGUCGUGCCAAAUCCCCGUCUUCGGCCCCGUGUUUGGGGACGACCCCUGCCCGCUCACCAGCAAGUACCUCCUGGUGUACUACAAGUGCAGACCAGCGCACCACCGCACCAGACUGGCGUGCGAGAACGAGCGCCUGAGGCUGGCGUGCAAGAACGACACCGUGCUGGCCAUCUACUCGGCCAGCUUCGGACACUCGCCGUACGGGGCCCCCCUGUGCCCUCGGGGAGGGGGCCGGCCGGCGGACGUGGAAUGUUUGUCGCCAUCUGCACUGAGGAGAGUUUCCCGGCGGUGUCACGGCCGAGCGAACUGUUCGGUCCUGGCUGACGCGCGCACUUUUGGGGACCCGUGUUUCCCCGGCACCAGGAAACACCUGCGAGUGUCCUACACUUGUGUGCCCAGGUACCUUCUGGAGGGCUUGGGUCGAGGGACAACGGAUCCUUUCAUGAUCUCGGACUACACACACGGUGGAUGGUACACUGGCCCCACCUACAGGCAACAAAAUGUUCUACUAACCAACUCUCUGGAGAUGAUAGAAAAAAUGUUGGGAGUACCCGAGCGUGUGGCUCUGUAUUUCGUCUCCGGGAUCAGCGCCGGUCUGGUUUUCCUGCUCUGCCUGUUUGGGGUGCGGUCCACGCUAGUGAAGGACGUGAAGGAGCUGGUGUCGGAUCUGCACAGUGGGCUGAAAGCAUCGAGCGGACGGCGCAAGGACGACCUCUCCGAUGACGACGAGCUCUCGGUUGCCUCGUCCUUUCGCCGGCUGACUCAAUCAUACCGCGCGACGGACAUUCUCGCUCCCUGCGCGCUCACCUUGGAGAUGACGGCACCGGGCGUUGAACCCGGUCCGGAGCUGCCCAAUGGAGACAUGUGGCCGCAUCCAGACGCCAACCCGUAUUCCAUUCAUCAGAUUACCCAUUACAGCAAUUAGUUUCUUUUAACCUUCACUACAGUUCAAGUCAAAUUUGACUACUCUGGAGAUUUUCCGCAUUAUUUGUUCAACCUGAAAUUUGCCGAGUUUUCAUCUUUUUUUUUCUUUUUUUUUUUUGUAUAGGUGCUACAAAAAUGUUCAUUUUUACCCUGGGGCUGUUCCAGGUCAAUUUUCAAGUGUCUACUAAAAUCUGCUUUAGAUUUACCAGCGUGUGUUAAAUCAAGGACAGACGUGGUUUGUGGCUUGAACCGCUCCCGAACUGUCUGUGUGUCCUCCACAUUUGUACACGUUCCUACAGAAACAUCCAUCCAUUUUCUUGCCGCUUAUCCUCACGAGGGUCGCGGGGAGUGCCGGAGCCUAUACCAGCUGUCAACGGGCAGGAGUCGGGGCACACCCUGAACUGGUCGCCAGCCAAUCGCAGGGCACAUUGAGACAAACAGCUGCACUCACAAUCACACUUUUCGGGGCAAUUUAGAAUGUCCAGUUAAUGUUGCAUGUUUUUGGGAUGUGGAAGGAAACCGGAGUGCCCACCCGGAGAAAAGCCACGCAGGCACGGGGAGAACGUGCAAACUCCUCACAGGCGGGUCCGGGAUUGGACCCGGCCCCUCAGAACUGUGAGGCCAACGCUUUACCAGCUGCUCCACUGUACCGCCCCUACAGAA